UUCCCCAUUUUCUACGAGCAGUAGUUCCAAGUGCAUUUUCCAGUUAAAGUGGUCUCUGACAGUCCAUUGGAUCGCUACACUCACGCGUUUCUAAAGUCCUCGGAUACUGGUUGUGCCUUGCUGAGUCUCUUCAGCUGAGAUCCACCGUGUUUCUCUGCAGGAUUAAGCAACAAUGGCAUUUGUGAAGAGCGGAUGGCUGCUCCGGCAAAGUACUAUUUUACGUCGCUGGAAGAAGAACUGGUUUGAUCUGUGGUCUGAUGGCCGUUUGAUAUUCUACGACGAUCAAAAUCGCCACGAUCUAGAAGAUAAGAUCCACAUGCGAAUCCACUGCAUCAACCUCAGAGUGGGGAGUGAAUGUAGAGAUUUCCAGCCUCCAGAGGGGAAGCAGAGAGACUGUUUACUGCAGAUUGUUUGCCGUGAUGGGAAGACAGUCAACCUCUGUGCAGAGAGUGCAGAUGACUGCCUGGCAUGGAAAAUUGCUCUCCAGGAUGCCAGAACAAACACUGGCUACGUGGGAUCUGAUGUGAUGUAUGAUGAGACAGCCAUUUCCUCGGCCCCUCCUCCCUACACAGCUUAUGCCACACCAUCACCUGAGGUUUAUGGCUAUGGCUACGAUCAGUACAACAGUGCAUAUCCCCCCGUGGGGCCUCAGGUCUUCUAUGCCUCCAAUGGACAAGCCUAUGCUGUUCCCUAUCAGUAUCCAUACCAAGGACCUUAUGGCCAACCCCCUGCAAACCACGUCAUCAUUCGAGAGCGUUACCGUGACAGCGAUGGAGAUCUUGCUCUGGGAAUGCUUGCUGGAGCAGCAACUGGAAUGGCUCUGGGAUCAUUGUUCUGGGUCUUCUAGGUUACCCGUUCCUUAUCUCUGUAGUUCCAAAAACCUUUAUUGUGUGCAAUAAUAUAUUGGCAAUGUUGUUUACUCUUAAACUUUAAGAAAUGCAAUAGUUAUUUUUCAGUAGUGACAUCUUAAUAACUGAUUCUUAACUGUCUUAAUGAGAGUUUAAAGGCACCGUUUAGCUAAGUGGUUGGAGAUGGCAUGUGCUGCUCUUGAAUUCUGAUAUUUGGAGUUAUAAGGAUCAAUAUGAGCACCAAUGUCACAUGGUAGCAGUGAACAGUCACCUGCUUUAUGAACAGACUGUUAUUGUAAACACCAUAGCAAAAAAUGGAUUUUUUGGGUGGUCUAAGAUCUGGUCCAAAUAAGAAGUUUACAGGAGCCCUGCAUUAGUAUAUACAUACUAUUGGCUUCUAAACAUUCCCUGGACAAACAUACAGCUCAGCAGAAACUCCUUGGCGUUAGGUAGUCUGCCGUGCUUGAGAAUGUUUUUGUUUUCAGACUUGCCUGCAGAUGGUAGUGUGUUUUCUUAGGUGGAGUCCUGUACCUGCCUCUCACACCAUCCAGGUGAGGUUGUCUUUGAGAACACAUAAGCAAACCACUAAAAGGUGGCAGCAUUCCUCAGUUCUUUUAUUCUCCUAGAAAUGUGAAUGACCAGUGGCAAGGAAGACCAAUGUUUGUUAUUCCACUUCCCUCUUUAUCCUGAACCACUCUUCUCUGGUCAGAUGGAAGCAGCAGGUCUUUACUUUGCACGUGGUCUUCCUUGUCUGUAGAGCAGUCUCCUCAGACACCGCACCAGCUGCAUUGCUGAGGAAGAGGCCAUUGUGCAGUGUCUCUACUCCUCACUGCUGUCCCUCUGCAGAGUCUGCAGGAGAACUAAUGUCGACAACCUUUGCCCUGUUGGGGCUACCAGCCUGUCUGCAGGCAGGAGCAUUCAGGAGGGCAGACACAAGCAGCACAACUAGUCCUUGCACACAGGCACUUUGAUAUCAGCUGCCUUGCCAGGGCUAGGAUGGGGUGUCUGCCUCGCAGCCGCCGAGGUUUCCUUAACCAGGUUCCUUAUUUGCAACUAGUUUUGAGCACAGCUGAGCCUGGAUUUUUUCUGUGCACACUUCCCCCUCACAUUCAGCAGGUCUCCUCUCCCCUUCAUGACUUGUUGUGGAAAACACUCCAAGGAACCUGGCUGGCUUUGUUUGUAUGCCUGGUUCCCUCACACAGUGUGCCCCUGCAGGCUGCUGUGCUAUGACUGUCAGCUGGAAUGCAGCUGGUUUGUGUGUUACGUGGCCUGUUACCCAUCCUGUUAUAAUCCAUGCUGAGCUGUGCUUGGCAGGGGAAAGAAAGCUCUGAAGAAAUGCACUUGCUUUCUUGUUCAGGUGAAAGAGGCAGGGUGCCUAAGUUGAGUUCUUAGAGUAAGAGGACUUAUUUUUAUACUUCCACUUUUAGCUUUCUGUAUUCGUAUUGUUUUAAUGUUAAGUCAUUCUUAUGCUUUCAUUCAGGAGUAGGUUAAUUUCCUUAUGGUUCACGGGGUUUCAGGUAUGUCGGGAAAGUUGAAAAUAGAUGAGAACUUGCACCCAUAUAAAUUCAGAUCAAGUCCCAACCUUUUCCGUUUCAUCCUAAAGCUCUCUGGGCUCCAUCCUACCUAUUUAAGCAACAGAAGGUUGGACAAGGGUUUGGGUAGCAGCAGGGGGAGCACUAGGCUUUCGUGACUCUUAGGACCAACUCAACCACUUGGAAUCAUUGGAAGUAAACAGACAGAUGUAGUCUAGGCUGCAUUAUUAAGAGUGGGCCUAAUGCAGGGAAUGUAAACUGCUUUCAGGAGACUUUGGCUGGAGCUGUACACCAAUGUGCAUGCAUGUCCUUUCACAGUUUAACACAGCUGCACAUGUUCUGCCAGUGGAAUGUACUGAAAGGACUUGUUGGAGGUGCAAAAGAGGACUAAAGUGGAAGUUCCUUAUUGCUAGUCUAAACCAAAAGAAAUUGGGGUACAGUACUGAAGGUCUCUUAGAGGCCUGGUACCCUUGAGGUCAGAAAGGGAUGUGACUGGAAUGUAAGUGAACAAACAUCUACCUUUUCUAAUCCUUGAGAUAACCUUGAAGUUGAUUACCAGUCUAUGCUGCUGUUUCGUUUGCGCUUCGCGAUAUAACGAGUUUUGCAGAAUGUCUUUACCUCCUCUUCUCCCUCUGUGGUUCUUAACUUGUAAGGAGUGGGGGAGAAUAAAACAAUUGAACAUCGUGUGAUUUUUUUAAAUUUCGUGAUGAUUGGGAAGAGGUCACACAAAAUGAAUCAUCUGGGGUGUUUUGGUGUUUUUUUUUCCUCAAGAGCUGAUGAUCACAGCAGGGGAACAUGUCUUUCGUGCUUUCAGGAGAUAACUCUGUCCAGGUCCCCAGUUUCUUCAAUUGAAGUGUAUAAAAUAAAGACUGUUGAUUGCAAAACAUUCCUGGGUUGAAUUCAAAGCAAGAAAUUAUCUUUUUUAAAGUUCAAAUUGAAGUAAUUUUCCAUUAAAAAAAUAACCUUAUCCCUUCUAAAUGGAAAAACACAUUACAAAUUGAAGCCAAAGAAUCUAGUUCCAUCUUGGAAACAAAAGGCUACUUUUAUACAAAAAUCAUGAGCUACUUUUCCAUCUUGGUAGCAUAGGCAUUUAGAAGCCAGAAAGCAAAUGUACAAAACUGUGCUAGAGCAUAAAUUCAAGAUCACAGUUAUCUAAAUGCAGGUGCUUGCAGCCUUUCUGAUCUCCCUGCAGAAACACAAGUGGCAAUGUCCUGGUGCACACAGCCACAGCAUAGGGAUUGCCACCUGGUCACUGCUUGUUGAAGCUCAGACUUGCUUCCUGAAGACUUGGCUGUGUUUCCUGUUGCUCAGGAACAGAGUGGAGGUUUGGUCAGAUCUGGAAUAAUGUCUGGGUGGAUACACAGUCGUGACUCCAUAGCCUUUCUCUGCCCAGCCCAGUACUUCAUGUAUCUGCAGCUGGUGUGAGCUGAAGGAGCAGGGCCAGAGGGGAUUCGGGGCUUGAAGGCACUGCCAUGCAAGGUUCUGCAGACAGGUGGUACCAUAGUGAUGGGAAGAGGCAGCAGGCAUGGCAAGAUCAUUUUCAAAGCAGAUUGAAAUGAUAUUGUUUGUUUCUGAAUGGUGCUAUUCAUGACUCUGUAAUUCCAGUUAUACCUGCAUAGUAUGCAAGCACAAGCUUUCCUACCUGGUGCCCAAUACUUGACCCCCCAAAAGCUAUGGGAGGUCCACAGGUACUACAGUACCACUGUUUUUGUGCAGUGUGCACUAUGAGGUAAGGAUAAAUCUGUUGUAUAGCAGUGACAGUCCGUUCAGGGUUCCAUGUCAGUGCUUACAGAGGUCACAAGUCAUCUGUGACUAGUUACUUUUGGGCUUUCAGUUAUGGACAGCUGGACAGAGCCAGGCUUCCCAAGAGGGGUGUAGGAAGGCUCAGUUUUCUGAUAAGUCUGACCACACUAAAGAGGCGAACCAGAGCCCCCUCCCAAAUUCUGAGUUACAUGUGAAAACAUAGCUAUUGGCUUCUUUUGCAUGAACUUGGGGGGCUAGAGAGCCAGCCUCUAAUGAGUGGGUAAAGGGUUAUGAACUAGAGAGGAGGGAGUGGGAAGCAUUUCUGUAGAGAGCAACUGCACUGACUUCCAGCAAAGACACAUCUUUCCAGGCCGAAGCACAUUCCAAACUGUGUCUAGAUGGAACUACCCUGAAUGUCAUCCAACACUGGCUUUGUUUUAUUUGUCCUUCAGUGAAGAUUCAGUAGGUGAUGGAACCAGCUAAGUGAGUUGAGUAGAGGAGAAAAUUCACACCCGUGUUCCUCAGAUGUGUUUGUGGCUUUUCCUCCUCAAUAUAAGACUAAGAUACAUGUUAGUCAUGGAGGGCAGCAUGCAAAUGUUUCCCCCCAGAUUCUUUACGUUCUUGUGCACUCUCUAUCUACUGCUGCUUUUACUAUAUGUCCUCAUUCUCAUUAUUAAUUUAUAGCAAAAUAACCUUAGAAAUAAAAUUCAUAUUUAAGUGUAA